UCUCCUUCUUCUUCUUCUUCUUCUCUCCUUACCCUCCACCCACAUUAUCCCCCAAGACACAGACAUUAGAGUAGAACUAUAUAGAGAAAUUAAUAGAUAGAGAAGAAGCAAUCGAAAGAGAAGAGAUAAU